ACCUACCUACCUACCUAUCUGUCGAAGACAUUUAAACUCAGUUUCCCAUUUUUGAAUAAUGGGAUAAGAGGAAACAUUUAGAUGAGAGAAUGUGUUUGUUUUUAAGCAAAGUUGAAGAAAAGAACUGAAAGGAAAGGAAGGAAGCUAAACACACAGCUGAUAUUGGCUAUGCAAAAACUAAAAAAAAAAAAAGUACCAGACAUGAGUAAUUCAUGGAGGAUACAAGUACCAGGUGUUAGUGAGGCAGGAGGAAAAGCCAGAGGUUUCAUCUACGUACAUGACAGUAUUUGUUCUACUCUCUGGUUUUAACCUAAAUUAGGGAAACUGAAACAUGUGUUCCCCCCCCCCCCCAAAAAAGCUAGGUUCACAGAGGACUGCAGAAAAGAAAAAGCAGCUCCAUUGUUAGCUGCAGUUUUUAUUUCUUUGCCUUGAUAGUGAAGAAAUGUAGGAUAAUAUGCAUGAGGUGUACAUUUUCCACGCCACAGUCUGAAUCCUCCAUUGCUUAUGUUGCCUUCACUUAGGAUAAAUCAUACUUGGUAGGGUAGAAAGAAUCAAGGGGGAGGAAGAAAUGCUUCCUUAGACCUCUCUCCUUUGUUCUACAAACAAGGCAUUGGGAACGCAGUCUGCCUUGACCAAAACUCAGCAUUGUUGAAAUGCCUGGGCCAGAAUUCUGAAUUAUACAGAUUCUGAGGUUAUCUUAAAUUUAUGUUUCCAGAAUUAGGAAAGAAAUGGCACUUUUUAUGGUCCAUACUUAUUAUAUCUGAAACUACUGUCUAGCCAAUCCAAUUAUUGGCUCUGUCAAGGGCAUAUUUUCUUUGAAAGGUUUUGUUUAAGACCAUAGGCUGUGGAUCUGCAUGGUAGGCCAGAAAAUGGAAAUUCCAAAUGUAGCUUCACUUACACAUUUUCCUUUUUCAUUUGGUGCCCUUCUUGAUCCUUUAUGAAGAGGAUGCCACAUCCUAUGCUGUGCUUCUAUCCCUUCCACCCACCUCUCAUUUGCAAAGUUGGCAAAGAACUAAAUUGGGAUUCAAUCUCCCAAUUUAAGGGUCAGGAAAAGGCAGCCUGCUGAAAACACACUAUCUAAGAUAGAUAUCAUGCUGAAAGGAGGAAAAUAUUGCUAUGCCACUCCUUUUCAGGUUUUAUUUUAAGGUCUGAAGGCCUAUUGAUAAAUUUAAGCAAUUCCAUUAUAGAGAUUAUGACCUGCUCUGGCAAGGAGCUGCUGCAUACCUAAAACUGAUGCAGAAAAGCAAUGCCAACACAAAAUGUUUUCCUGCCCAAAUAUCAAAUCUGAAGCAAACAGAGAAGCAACAGAUCCAUAUUUCAUUUCUGGUGAUUGGACUGUGUCCUCCAUAAAACUAAGACAAUCUGAUAGCAUUGAGAAGCUGAAGAGUUAGCACUAUGUAUCAUCCAACUGCUUGACCUUCUCUGCUCUUCAGCACCCAUUGCCUAAGAUGCACUCACUUUGCCCAAGUAUAGAGCUGGCCCUGCAGGAAAAUGAGAGUUCUUUACAGAAGCUGUUCCUUUACUUACAUAGCUGUUCUCAAGCUUCUCCCCUUCUCAGGAGCUAUCUACUAUGUGACUUACUUUUCUGCUCCAGAAAUUAAAGCACUUCUAAUAUUACGAGUAUGCCUUUUAAAAUAAUGUUUUGGAAUACACAUGAAGUUGGUGUGCAUUAAAAUAUGUGCAUGGUCGGUUUUUGUUUUUGUUUUCUUUCUGAAUUUUCAGGUGAAAAAAAGUCUCUGUAAGCUGAGAAGGAAGCAAUUCCCUUUUGCAGUCCUUCACUUAUACAAACAUACAGGCAUUAGCUAUCAGCUAACAGAAUGGUUACUAUUCCCCAUGCAUCAGAUGAGGUAAGCUGCAGCACAUGAAAGCUUAUACCAUUUAAUAAAAUGUGUUAGUCUGAAAAGGUGCUACCAGACUCCAUUUGAUUUUAUUCUCCCCAAUAUCCUUUAUAUAUUUUCUAAGAAUUUCAUUUCAUCCUGUUUCAUUCUUUGCUGUCCAAUCAAAUAGCAAAUUGUAUUUCUACAUCAUUUGGAAUAUUUAAGGGCCAUUUUCAAUUUAUUCUAUAAUUCAGAAGAAUACUGUAAGCUCUUCCUUCAUGAAAAAAAUGUUUCUGAAUCUCUCUUCCUGUCUACUUCCUCUGUUAAAGUGAAUGAGAGGACACCUGCAAUUAAUAAUUAACAAGGUUUCAGGAACAUUCAAAUGUUAUUAGAUUACUGAACACGGUAACAAGUUAAGUCUUUCACUGUUUCACCGUUACUUGAAAGAUCAUGUCUGAAUGUGAAUUUAAUUAUAUCCCAAUUUCCUGGAAGUUUUCUUGGGAAAUUAAUGAGAUGUAUUUUUGCUUCAAUACUAAGAAUCAAGCUUGACUUGGACUUUACAUUCCUACAUUUAGGGCUGUGCUGCAAAGCAGGAUCAAAAGCACCACAAAUUUUAGAUAACUCCUUGCCCCCAUGGGGCAAGAAAGAGUUCCACAUAGAAAUGUGCAUUCUGACUAGGAUUACGUUGAAUUCAGUUAAACAGGAUCAUAUAGCUAAGAUCUAAGUUAUAAUGCAAGUGUUUAGCUAGAAAAAUAUAGAUAAGGCUUUUAUUGGCAAUUAACCUGCUUCAUUGAUGGAAUUUUAGAGGCAAUGUAAUAAUUUUAUCUUCCAUUUUUCCAUCCCACUGCCUUUUCCAUCUUUUAGUUUUCUUACCAAAAAUCUGUUAAGAAAGUAUGACAGAGUAGCAGUGCCAUGUCUUUGACUGGUAGUACAAAGAGCCCUUCACCUGGGAACAUCCACAAAAAUAAGGGGAUCUUCCAUUUCUUUCUUUAUCUAUUUCCCAUGAUUCACACAAAUGAAGAAAUACCAAACUGUAGGUGGUUUGAAGAUAUUCUUUGAGCCCUUCCACUGGGUAAAAGUAGGAGAUACAUUUUGCUUUCCCAGAACACCCAUAAAGGUGUUGCCACACAUUGGAUUGCAUUACUUGGAUAAACUAUUUUGCUGAGACUCAUCUGCAUUUCUGUCCCAUUCUGGCCUUCUCCCAGUCUCGGGUUUCUUUGACUGCCUCUGAACCUCAGUGGUGAUGGAUGAGACCAAACGUGAUGGACUAACAGCUUUCAUUAUCCCCCAUGCUGGGUUGGGUGUGGAGAUCAUUGUAGUCCAACACAUCUGGAGGUCACUGAGUUAGAGAAGGUUGGCUCACAUGGUUGUCCUGCUCUUCUGGAUGGUCCAGGCUCUGCUUUUGCUUUGGGAAGAAGUUCUGGAGAACCGAAUGCUCCACAUGAUUAAAUUUUGCCUUCACCCUGCUUUCUCACUCAGCCUCUGCAAAUGCACUGAAUGCAGCUAUUAUAUCUGAUCUGUCCUGGGGGAAAAGAAGAGGAAGCUGGUGGGGUGGAGGAUUAAGGAAUGAGUAUUGAUUUCCAGCUCGGCCGUGGCCGUUUUCCAUCGAUUAAGAGGCCUUUUCUCAAACACACCCCUUCCUUCCCCCUGUCCUUAAGGCUCACAGAAAUGCAGGUCAUGUCCUUUAAAUGAAAAAGACAAACUCCAGUACAGGGAAUUCCAGAUUUCUUCUGAGCCACUGACGUAGUCUUAAGGCCCUACAAAAUUUCCAGCUUUGUUAAGUGACUGGGGAGGGGGCAUGUUCCUCCACCCUCCCCGCAUCCUCUUUGUUUUUUAAAGGCUUCCGGAAAGCCUCGGCUUCAAGUUAACAACCAGAAAUGCCAUCGCCCCCGUAAAAGAACGAGAGCAGGCACCGGCGCUGCACCGAGAUGCCGGGGGACGUCCAGGUGCUCGCUACAGUCCUCGGGGAACGCAAGCCCAGCACCAGCCAGGAAAAAUACCCGCGAAAGGAUCCAAAACAACGUUCAACCGCAAGCAGCCUUUCCCUUACGCCCUCUCCACCUCCUCCCUUAAUUACUCAUGAGAAACGCCAUCGGCCGCCCUCGGUAGCAAAGACAAAGGAUAUUUUUCCACUACGACCUAUUUCCUUGUCUUUCACUCUUAACCGCACAUCCACUCCCUGCCUCUACUGUAGUUAGCUUUACGAUCAACCCGAGGCUGGGGGUGUGUACUGUGGUGCAUGCGCAACUGCCUGCAGCUACCGCGUUUCAUUCAUAAAAAAAAAGGAAAAACACCCGUCUAUAGUCAUCCUUAACUCUCAAUAAGUUCCCUUCCGGCCCCCCAUUCAUAAAAUGAGAGCAGAGCAUGCGCCUUGGAACUCCAGUGCCCACCCAUUCAUAGAAUUGGGAGGACAGGCAUGCGUAGUAGAGGCCCUUUCCCUCCCAUUCAUAAAAUAGCCAUUUUCCCAGGCAGCAGUUGUUGCAACAGCGAAGCGAAGCGAAGGGAAGCGACGGCUUACGCCGCCGCCGCCGCGCCUGACAGCGCAGCACUUGUAGGUUGCUCUCUGAGCCCCGGGUGUGUUUCGUGCCGAUUUUAACCUCAUCCUUCACCACCCACGUGCAACUACAGCCGGGAUCUUUCUCGGAUUUAGGAUUAACUCGCCUGUUGAGAUAUGAUCUGGACUGGAUUGUUGAAAAUGGAAUUGUGGUGGUUGUCGCAGUCAUAAAAGACCCGAAGCCUGAUCCUAAGCAUGUUUACUCAGAAGUAAGAUCCACCGAGUUCAGUGUGCCUGGACACUUAAAAGCAGGGUUUCCCAGUGCUAGACAACCUGAAAAAAAUGGAGCCUCGAAUGCCUCACAAUAUGACUGUGGUCCCCAAUUCUAUCAUGGUACAGCCUCUUCUAGAGAGCCGGAUCCCUUACGGCAGGCUGCAACAUCCCCUGACCAUCCUGCCAAUUGACCAAAUGAAGACCACACAUAUGGAGAACGACUACAUUGACAAUCCCACGCUGGCUCAACUGGUUGCUCAGAAACCCCCCCGGGGCCACCACGAGCCCACCCUUCCACCACGGUGUGAGCAAGAUGUCACCCAUCCAUGGAUCUCCUUCAGUGGGCGGCCCAGCUCCAUCAGCAGCAGCAGCAGCACAUCUUCAGAUCAAAGGCUUUUGGACCACAUGGUCCCAGCUCCUGUGGCUGACCAGUCCUCCCCAAGAGCAGUUCGGCUUCAGCCCAAGGCAGUUCACUGCAAGCCCCUGGAUCUGAAAGGACCCACAUCUCUGAAGCUGGACAAGCACUUUUUGCUGUGUGAAGCCUGUGGAAAAUGCAAGUGCAAGGAAUGUGCCCUGCCUAGGACUUUGCCCUCAUGUUGGGUGUGCAAUCAGGAAUGCCUGUGCUCAGCCCAGAACCUGGUCAAUUACUCAACCUGCAUGUGCUUGGUGAAGGGCAUAUUCUACCACUGCACCAAUGAGGAUGAUGAGGGCUCCUGUGCAGACCAUCCCUGCUCUUGCUCCCACUCGAACUGCUGUGCCCGUUGGUCUUUCAUGAGUGCUCUCUCCCUGGUUUUCCCCUGCUUGCUGUGCUAUCUGCCAGCCACUGGUUGUGUGAAGCUAUCACAGCGGUGCUAUGACCGAGUGAGUCGGCCUGGAUGUCGGUGCAAAAACACAAACAGCGUGAUUUGUAAAGCAUCCCCUGAUGGGAAAAUUGACAGCAGACCAGAGAAACCUUUUUGACUGCUGGAGAGAUGAGAGUUGGGAAGUGCAGGGUGAAAAAAGAAAACAGGAAAGGUGUUUUGUCACCCGUAUCAAAGUAUAACAUAUGUCAGCCUUUUGCAGGGAAGGAAGGAAGGAAGGAAGGAAGGAAGGAAGGAAGGA